CGCAUGUUGUCUGUGAGCUGUGAUUGGCCAAGAAGCAAGGUGCUGUAGUGCAGGGUGUACACUGCUCUAUCAUCGUUACAUAUAAAUACACUUCUGCCGGCUGGUGGGCUGGAUACAAAUAAUAACCGAGUAGUAACUCACCGUCUCUGGAGUUAACUUCACACACAGGAUGCCGGGAUCAGGACCAAUCAGUUGCUUGGGACCAUGGCCCAAAGAUGUGGGUAUUAUUGCCUUGGAACUGUACUUCCCAUCCCAGUAUGUGGACCAGGCCGAGCUGGAGCAAUUAGAUGGCGUGGCAGCUGGUAAAUACACUGUGGGCCUGGGCCAAGCUCGCAUGGGCUUCUGCUCCGACCGCGAGGACAUCAACUCUCUGUGCCUGACGGUGGUCCAGAGGCUCAUGGAGAGGAACGGCCUGUCUUACGACAGUGUGGGUCGACUGGAGGUCGGCACUGAGACCAUCAUCGACAAGUCCAAAUCUGUCAAGACAGUCAUCAUGCAGCUGUUUGAGGACUCUGGCAAUACAGAUGUGGAGGGUAUUGACACCACAAACGCCUGCUACGGGGGUACAGCUGCACUCUUCAACGCUGUCAACUGGGUAGAGUCCAGCUCAUGGGAUGGGCGAUAUGCUUUGGUUGUAGCGGGGGACAUUGCUGUCUACGCCACAGGAAGUGCCCGGCCCACAGGGGGUGCCGGUGCAGUGGCCAUGCUGGUCGGGCCUAAUGCUCCUCUGGCCUUUGAACGAGGUCUGCGAGGAACCCACAUGCAGCAUGCAUAUGACUUCUACAAGCCCGACCUGAUGUCAGAGUAUCCUGUGGUGGACGGAAAGCUGUCAAUAGAGUGCUACCUGAGUGCCUUGGACCGCUGCUACUCUGUGUACCGCAACAAGAUCCAUGCGCAGUGGCAAAGAGAGGGUUCAGAAGAGCGUUUCAGCCUGGACGACUUUGGCUUUCUAGUCUUCCAUUCUCCAUACUGCAAGCUGGUGCAGAAGUCGUUGGCUAGGCUGAUGCUGAAUGACUUUCUGAGCCACCCCAGCCCCAACACUGAGACGGGACCCUUCACAGGCCUCGAUGCUUUCAGAGAUAUAAAGCCAGAAGAGACCUACUUUGACCGGGAUGUGGAGAAGGCCUUCAUGAAGGCCAGUGCAGAUCUGUUUGAGACGAAGACCAAGGCCUCCCUGCUGAUCUCCAACCAGAAUGGAAACAUGUACACCCCCUCUGUCUACGGCUGCCUUGCAUCACUCAUUGCACAACAAACAGCUUCACAGAUAGCAGGACAGAGGAUUGGAGUUUUCUCCUACGGUUCAGGAUUUGCUGCUACUCUGUAUUCUCUCAGAGUCACACAGGACCAUACACCUGGAUCUGGUCUGGACAAACUUGUGUCCAGCCUGAGUGACCUGAAGGUCCGACUGGACUCGAGGCAGAAGGUUUCGCCUGCUGUCUUCUCUGAGAACAUGAAGCUGAGAGAGGAUACACACCACUUAGCCAACUACGUCCCUCGAGGCUCAGUGGAGGAUCUGUUUCCGGGGACAUGGUACCUGACACGAGUGGAUGACAAACACCGCAGGGAAUACGCACGAAGACCUGUGGACGAUGACCUGACAGCAGCACCAGAACUUGUUCGCUCCAGCACUGCACCAGAGCACAUCCCCAGUCCAGUCAAGAAGAUGCCUCGCAUCCCUGCAGCCACCGCCGGCCCAGACGCCGCCGUCAGCAACUGAGAGCACUCACUUACCUCUGAGAGGUAUCAAGGUCUAACAGUUUGGAAACUGUAAUAACUAGACAAUACUAUAGGUCAGAAGGCUAGCAAGAGACAACAGUGUCACCUCCAAAAUCAUUAUACACUCAACUUAUUUAGGUUGGAGCAGUGUGUCACUAAAGUGUUCAGCGGAGGCCUGUGGACUCAACUGCCGGUACCUUUCCCAUCAUCCACAUGUAAUACUGUCAGACAGUAAACUUCAUAUUUCUCUAGUCUAGAGUCUCUUUUGAUCACAAUACGUAUUUGUUUUAGCAAUCUUUUAUUUUAAUGUUAACAUUUGUAAAUCUUUUCUUUUUUUUCCUUUUGCAUUUUUGCAAAAUGGACAGUUUGUAUUUGGGAGAAGCACAGGCAGAUGUUUGCAUGGAGCGUUGCUGAUGUUAAGUUCAACACGCAGACUUCCCUCCUGGCAGCUGGCAGCCAGUGGCAGGAAGAGGAAAUGGACAUAAUUAAUGUGGCUGCGGGCCUCGUGCUGAAUAAAAGAUCAAAGGGAGGUGGGCCGCAACUGUGUCCAUGUCUUUAAAAUAGUGCAGCUGUUUGCGUUCAAUACCUCAAUUUCCUUCGAAAAGAUGCGGUCAGUUCCCUACAGGACAUUGCAGGUUCAUCAUGUGAUCCUGUGACCGAACAUCAGGAACACAAAGUGAUGCUCCACCCAGAGGGCUUCAGAGACCUCUCUCAGCCUGCACACAGUGGGUGUAGUCUCACUUUAAACUGCUGUUGACUUCUGUAGCGGAGCUGAUGAACUGUAGUCAACAUGUUAACCUGGUAGGAAACACUCACGCACACAGUCAACUGCCUCACACUCGCUGAUGAUCCUCUUCCAUAGAUCCGUGUUAAACUGAAGCUGUUUUGGAUAACACCAGUCAUUGUUGUUUUUCUGUUUGCCUUUUAUUACCAUGAAAUGUCAAAACCCAUUGAGUGAUUUGGCACAGUGCGUAGCUGCUGCUGUCCUACGUCAGGUUUACCCAACCUUCCAGUCGUCUGCUCUGAUUGUUUUAAAGACCAUAAAGAAACCGCUUGAGGACAUGCACUACGGACAUGUUAUAAAAUAUAACACUUUUUUUUCUUCUAUUGAUGACACAGAUAUUUGAUUGUCAGAUAAUAUUUAAUAAGGGAUCAUUUUACUAAUUGAUCAAGCAAUGCCAAACAUGCUCUGGUUUUGCUCGUUUUUUUGUGGACAUUUUCACUAUU